AAAAAAAAAAAAAAAAAAAGAAAGGAAUCAGAUAGAUAGUGAGGCGCGAGACAGAGAGAUAGAGAGGCGAGACAGAGAGAUAGUGAGCCACUGAGCCCAGACGUCGACGCGACGCCAUCAUCAUCAUCAGUCAUCAUGCCGACGCGACGCGACGCAAGCCCAGUACGGCAGUACCCACGCUAACGCCGGCAUGCCAUCAUCACGCGAGCCCUCAGCUGUCGCCGCCGCCAGUUGCUCGAGCCUUCACACUGUUUGUGAAUCAACUAUUUUAACAGCCUGAAAUCUUGGGUCCGUCCCUGACCAGGAUGAUCCGCAGAUGUAGACCGCCGCUUGUAUCUUUUAGAUGCAAGAGACCGUUACUGAGGCCCACUAAGCUGCCAAGACCAGUGGUGGAAAAUGCCCCCUUCGUGCUCCCUAUCAACAUUCGCUGCAACACCUGCUCCCAAUAUAUUUACCAGGGCACCCAUCUCGCUGUCUACAAGGAGGAGGUUCUUGAUGAGAGGUAUCUAGACUUUGAAUGCUGCUUGAUAUGCCUCAAAUGUACAAAUUGCUCUGCUAAGAUUUGGAUUAGGUCAGACCCAGAAAACAGAGACUAUUUUGUUGAGUCUGGCGCUACCAAAAAGCGUCAGGCUGCAGUGUCGAAAAAACCGAAUUACCAGGUUGCAGUGUCCAAAAAACGGAAAAGGGAAGCUGAAGAGGGUGGAGAUGCACUGAAAUCUUUAGAGAACACAACCUUGGGUUCUAAAAUAGAGAUUGCUGCGCUGGAUGAGAUGAAAUCCAUGGAGUCCCAACAUGCAGCUGUGAGUGCAGAUGCUAUGCUUGAGGACUUGCCAGCCAAAGCUGCCAAGAAGAUUUUAGCGUUGUGGGGUGCAGCAAAAUAUGUAGAGAACAGAACCUUGGAUUCUAAAAGAGAGAUUGCUGCGCUGGACGAGAUGAAAUCCCUGGAGUCCCAACAUGCAACUGUGAGUGCAGAUGCUACACUCGAGGACUGGCCGGCCAAAGUUGCCAAGAGGAUUUUAGCGUUGUGGGAUGCAUCGAACAUAACCUUGGAUUCGACAACAGAUGGGCUGAAAUAUGUAGAGAACACAACCUUGGAUUCAAAAAGAGAGAGCUGUGCUGGAUGAGAUGAAAUCCAUGGAGUCCCAACAUGCAACUGUGAGUGCAGAUUCUACACUUGAGGAGUGACCAGCCAAAAUUGCCAAGAAGACGGAUAACAAAAAAAUUCUAGCAGUUCCCGCUGAAGUUGUUUCUGUUCUUGCGUAGAAAGCUUUGGUUGGAAAGUUUUUUCAACAGAGAUGGUCACUAGAUAAGGUUUAUGUAAUCUUUUUUUUUUUUUUUUUUUCAUACUUAUUUUAUUUAUUGAAGUUUUAUUACUAAAUAAAAAAAAGAAAGUAUUAUGGAUAUGUACUAUGGAAUGAUGUAGUGUUCUGGAUGUUUUUGUUUUUUUGUUUUUUUUGUUUUUUUUUUUUUUUGGUAAAUAAAAAUGGGGGGAUUUAUGGUUAUAUUACACCCUCAGGCAGGGCGCCAGGCCAACGCCGGACUUUCACCAUGUCAGCCUGUAUGGGAUUUUAACCCCACUAAGGAUGCCCACUAACGGAUUCCUACGGGCAGCGGGACUCGAACCUAGGUGUGGUGCACGAAGUGCCCGAGCCUUACCCACUCAGCCAAGCUUCCGUUGGCUGGAUGUUUUUGUAUUAAAACCUGGAAGGUAGUAGUAUUAUGGUUGUGUUAUGGAACAAUGUCAAGUAUUUUGUAUUACGAAUGGUUAGGUGUUAGGUGUUAUGUGUUACGAAUGCUUAUGUUUAAUUAUGAUAAUGUAAUACGUGGAAGUAUAUGAGUGUUUUUCUCUGUUUGGUUAUGAAUGCUAAUGUAACGUACUUUGAGAUUA